AAACUUUAUCUGAUAUUUCAAAAUUGGAAAUCACAAGCAUUGAAACAGAAGAAAAUAGUGUUUUAGAUUUUAAAAAUUUAACAUUUAAAGGACCAUUUAUAAUUCUUAAAGAAUGUGGAAUGAAAUAUUAUUUAGUAGAAAAAGAUUUACUUCUUCGUGAACCUCCUAUUUUUCAUUCUUUUUACACAAAAUAUGAAAAUGAUAUAAUCUAUUUAUGUUUUAACAAAGAAGAAUAU